GCACGGAGACACUGCCUAGACCUUCAUGGCACCGGGAGGACACAGAGGGUUUCCUUGUCCCUUCUCUCCACCCUACUCGUGUUUACCCUACCCCGGCCCUGGAGCUUCCAAUUUGUCCUAGGAGGGUCGUUUCCUACCGCCCCUCCUCUUGUUGCCAUAGUUACCGAUACCCUACUGGACACCAGGUUACUCCGGGGUAACAGCGCUUUGUAUUUGCAUCCCCGUCGCUAUAGUAAUCAAGCCUUUCCGGCCUACGCUGUUGCUAACAGCCGUCGUUACCAGAGCGACGCUGAGAAAGGCGGGGCUCCGAGGUCCGGGAGAGCUCGCCCCAGGUUGGGGGAAGGGGUGGGGUGAGGCUAAGGGCGGGGCUCCUGCGAGCCUGGGGGUGGGACGUGGGGCAGCAUAGGCAGGUAAGAGGAGGAGAGGGGCGGGGCAGGGUCGCCGGCACCUCCGGGCCCUAGGACCCCUCAUGGCCGUAGCCCGGCGCCCUGGGUGGGCCUGGAGGCCCGUGGCGCAUGACCCGCUCCUAGCUCGGGCGUUCCACUCAUGCACCGUGCUGCGGGAUCGGCUCUACGUGUUCGGGGGCCUGUCGUGCGGGGGCGCGCGCGAGCCCCUCGGGAACGCGGUGACUUUUGACCCGGCGGCGGGGCAGGUUGUGCAGGCGGGUGGCCCCGGGGGACCCCGGCGCAGCCACCACGACGCGGCGCCCGUGGGCGGCCGCUGGCUCUGCGUGGUGGGGGGCUGGGACGGGUCUCGGCGCGUAGCGGCCGUGGCAGUCCUGGAUGCGGAGCGCGGGGCCUGGGAGACUUGGUCCGCGGCCCCGGGCAGCUGCGCCCCGGCCGGGCUCAGCAGCCACACCUGCACCCGCCUAUCGGACCACGAGCUGCGCGUGGCCUGCCGCGAGGGCGGCACUCGCACCCAGCGCCGCUACGGCAGCGUCUACACCCUGCGCGUGGACGGCCCCGCGCGCACCUACAGCUACCGCGAAGAGGGCUGCCACACGGCCUCACGUUCGGGCCACUGCGCUGCGCUGCUCCGCACCGGCGGCCCCCAGUCCGGCUACCAGCUCCUGCUCUUCGGGGGCUGCAACUCCCCCGAGGUCGAAGUGGCCGGGCGCUGGGGCCCGGGGCAUGUCCAGGAGGAGCCGGUCGUUGCCUCGCGGCUGACAGAACAGCUCUCCCAGCUAGUGAGCAGUGAGCAGGGGUCCCUGGAGGGGCCCCGGGGUCUUCGGCACCAUUCCUGCUCGGUGGUAGGGCCCUUUGCUGUGCUCUUUGGUGGAGAAACUCUGACCAGAGCCCGGGACACAGUCUGCAACGACCUCUACAUCUACGAUUCUCGUGAGAGCUGCCCCGAUACUUGGGAGGACAAAGAGAGGGCAGGAAGAAGGCAAAUCAACCAGAAGAUGGUUCUGCUUUCCCUGUGCAGAUCGAAGCAUGAAACGGGUAGGCCAUCGAACCUGCCUCUGGAAUGACCAGCUCUAUCUAGUUGGAGGCUUUGGUGAGGAUGGCAGGACAGCUAGUCCGGAUGUUUAUACACUGGAACUAUCUUUCUGAGCCAGAGAAAUCUGCUUCCUCAGUUCAUCCAAACACACAAAGCAUUAUCCUACCAGACCCUGCAGUUACAGUUGUUCAUUAAAUGCUGAUCUGGAAGUCAGA